CAUCAGUGUAUUCAAGUAGGCAAUGUUUCCGGUUGUCGUGUUUUCUCUAUAGAUAAACAUGUGCAAUUAAAGGUCAAUAUAUCCUGUGAGUAGAGAGAUUUUAAUUUCUUUUGUUUUUUAGAGGAAUGGACAUCUUUGCAUAUAUGAUGCCAGGUUAGGGCUAACAUAAAACUGAAGAAAUGAAUACGUGCGAAAAACAAAUCAUUUGUAACUACAGACAAACUUUACUAAAAUACGUUGAUCCAAUAAUAGUGGUGGACGGAUUAUACCAAGUAGGUCACUUUUCUGCAAAUCAAAGAAAACAGUUAUAUAAUAUAUUGCAAACGUAUUCUGAUAGACAGUACAUUUGGGACGCAUUAUAUCUGUUGAUAACUGAAAAAUGCAAACUUCAAUCUUUGUUGGAAUUGUUACUUGUCAACGGAUACAGGGACAUGGCUAUAGAAAUGAGCCAAAAAGUAAGGAUUGCAACACCACAACAAAAACAAAUUUUCCGUAUUCAUAGAACCAAAACAGGAAACUCAAGUCAUCGAUUUGCACAAAGAUUAUUUAUGAACUUCAAAAUUAACACUCAUAACAAUGCAUUUAUAAAUCCACGAAAAUAUUGUCAUGAAGAAUCUCAGAAAUAUAAGGUGCAAUUAGAGAGAUGCCAGAGUAUUGAUGAUGAUACCGUUAAAAGAGGGAUUGCUGAUAAAUAUGCAGCAUGUCUUCUGGCAGAAAUAGAUUCUCAUUUAAUGUUAUAUACUAAAAAUAGUUUUCUUAGUAGUUUAAUGAUAGAACUACAAAGACUAAUUCCAAAAACAACUAACUCAAGCAUAACACACUUAUCUUAUCAAUCACGAUUAGCUAUAAGAUACGCACUUGAAGGUAAGCAUGAUGUUGAGGAAGAGCAUUUGCAAAGUGCUAUUUGUACAUCUCUUCUUGUAGGUCGUUGUGUGGAAAUCUCUAACUUGCUUUACAUAUAUGCUUUUAACCUUCUUUGCCGUUAUGAGAAAUACCCUACUAAAAACCUACGUGACAAGGUCAUUCAUAUUGCAGAACUAGGACUUCAAAGUGUUGACGAAGAAGAAGAAUCGAUAAGAGAGUUUUGGAUGCGUCUUUUCAUAAUACGAAUUAUAUAUUGUUUGUUAGGAUUAAGUUUCAGAGGUGAUCCUAUAUCUGGAAUAACAAUCGAUAAACACAGUAUGAGGAGAGCAAAACUAAUGCUUGCUGAACUUGAUCGUCUUUGGGAAACGAUUGAAUCGCGUAGAAAAAUCAUGUAUUACGUUGCUAAAGCUAGAGUUGCGGAACUUGAACGGAAUGAUGGAUAUAUUGAUACAGUUUCUUUUUUUCUUAAUAUGGCAAUAAAAAUAGGCGAAGAAGGUGAAUAUGGCGAAACACAAUUCAUUAAACAAUAUGCCACAUACUUCAAAACUGACAAAAAUCAAUUUCUACCAUCAGAAUCUGAGAUUUUCAAUAUUCCUACAGAAUUGCAAAUGUUUCCCCUAAUUAAAGGUGUACCAAGUAAUCCUAUUCUUUAUGAAAUUAAUAAUGCCGAAUCAACGUUUAACACAUUUAUAUUUGGAACAGAUGAAAAUGAAUAUAACGAUAAAACGAGUCUUAAAUCUGUUAAACAGCCAAUCACUUGGACGAGAGUUUUUCCAGAAUCUCUGAUAGAACAAACAAGGUUUUCCAAGGUGAAGAAAAAGCUAACAAAUGAAUUUUAUGAAUCGACCAUUCAAAAGUCAAAGACAUCAGUCAAAUAUUUUUCAGAUGAGGAUACAUCAGCUUUUUGUGGUAAAACAUGCAAAAGGUCAGUUAUUGAAAAAUACGACAAUGUUCCAAAACUGUCAGAGCUAAUGGAAUGUGACGACUAUGUUCUAAAGUCUCUAAAUAUUCAAAAAAUUGAAGACCGAAAUAUUUUAGAAGACGAUGAAACCCAUUUAAAGUCGUCAACAUUGGAUGAACAUAAAGAAACAGCUCCAAAAUUAUUUGUUGAAUGCAACACCGGACCAGUUUUAAAAUCUCAUGGAUCUAACCCAAUAUCAAAAGGUACUACAAAUACCCACUCAAUUUUAAAGUCAUCACAAAGAACCUUAACAAAAGAUACGAACGAUGAUAAUACUAUUCUAAAGUCACCGCAAAAUACUAAAGCUGAAGAAACAAUCGUCAAGAUUCCUGCAUCAAUCAAAGAUAAAUCGAAUUCUAGUGUCGAUAAGUCAUCUAUCCAUGAAUGUGAAACGCCGAAUCUAGAAUCGUAUCCUUUCCAAGACAUUCAUGGCUGUUAAGUAUGAAUAAAGUGUACUUCAAGUUUGUAUUUCUAUAUUUCAACUGAUCUUAAACAAUAAAGUGAUACAGUUAACAAUUAA